AUGCAUUACUCGUUUCUUCUUGUACUAGCGAUCAUUACGGUCGGCUAUGCGGCUAUUCUGCCUAGUUCUUCAGCAAGCGGCGACAUUGGGAUGGUCGUGGCAAGACAGUCGAAGUCAGCGUCGGAAAACUGUCUGAAGACCAACUUGAUUCAAAGCGCAAGUGCUUUGACCGGCCAAGAAAAGGGUACAGACGGAAUCAAAGCAGGGCAGGCAAAGUCAGCAACAGAUAAAGACAAUUUCAUCAACUUCUGCGAGGGCCAGCAAAUCACCAACGGCAAGCAAAUCACGGCAGGCUCUUGCAAUGGUAUCCCGAUGGGCAAGCUCCCCGCCCAGAAAAACAUGAUCUCGGCCAUGAUUACGAAUCCGCAGCCUGGUACCAAACUUCAAGCUGGCCAAACGUUCAAUGUUUCUGUGCAAACGACGCAUCUAAAGGCUGGUAACUUUGUCAACCCGACGACCAAUUACUAUACCGCGCCGCAGGAUCUCGACGGUAACGGAGACAUCAUUGGCCACUGCCAUAUCACUAUUCAAGACAUCGGCUCUCUCACGUCUCAGACUCCGCCAGAUCCGUCCAAGUUUGCAUUCUUCAAAGGUAUUGACGAUGCGGGAAACGGCAAAGGGCUUCUCCAAGCUGCGGUCGAGGGUGGCCUUCCAGCGGGCACGUACCGUGUGUGCACCAUGAUCGCGGCCCAAAACCACCAGCCUGUCGCUAUGCCGGUGGCUCAGCGCGGCGCACAGGACGACUGCACCAAGUUUGUGGUUGAAGGAUCCUCGAAUGGCGGGAGCAAAACGGGUGCAGCCAAACCGACGGCUAGCGCUAAGCCGAAGAAGAAGCAAGGAUAG